AUGGGAGGUGGCAAUGGGACAGCAGUAACUGAGUUUGUUUUGCUGGGGUUCUCAGGCUUUGGUUCCCUUCAGGGUCCUCUCUUUUGGGGGGUGCUGUGCAUCUACCUGGUGACCUUGCUGGGCAACUCCCUGAUCACCCUCCUCACCCUGGUAGACCCUGCCCUGAACUCGCCAAUGUAUUUCUUCCUUCGGCAUUUCUCCAUGGUGGAAAUCCUCUACACCACAACCAUCGUGCCCAGGAUGCUGGCCGAUCUCCUCUCUUCCUGCCCCACCAUCCCACUUGCCAGCUGCUUCACCCAGCUGUAUUUCUUUGCCCUCUUUGGCAUCACUGAAUGCUGCUUGCUCACUGCCAUGGCCUAUGACCGCUACGCAGCCAUCUGCCGGCCACUGCAUUAUACCACCCUGAUGAACCAGGGCGCCUGCAGGAGCAUGGUGGGUGCCUCCUACCUCAUGGGCAUUAUCACUGGCAUCACUCACUCCAUCUUCAUCUUCACUUUGCCUUUCCAUGGUGCCAACACAAUCCAUCACUUCCUUUGUGACAUUCUGCCUGUGCUGAGAUUGGCUAGUGCGAGCACCUUCUGGGGUGAAGUGGGCAAUCUUGCUGUCACGAUAGCCUUCAUCUUGACCCCCUUCUCACUGAUCAUAGCCUCCUAUGCCUGUAUCCUUGCUACCAUCCUUGGAGUUGCGUCAUCCCAGGGACGCCAAAAAGUCUUCUCUACCUGUUCCUCCCAUCUGUUUGUGGUCAUGCUCUUUUUUGGGACUGGAACUGUUGCCUAUAUGGGGCCUUGGGCAGGCUCCUCUCCGGACGCGGACCAGAUCCUUGCCCUCUGCUACACAGUUGUCACCCCCAUGUUUAACCCUUUUGUCUACACUCUGAGGAACAAGGAGGUCACAGGGGCAAUGAGGCGGCUCAUGAAGAGAUACCUUUGGAGCACUUGA